AUGCCCCCCAGAGGACCUCGAGGCAACGACAAGAGGCACACUGAACCAAACAACGCUUACUCCUUCACCUGUACCACGACGAUGGCCGACGAACAAGCCCCAGAAAUCCAAAUCAACGUCAAGGGCCCGAGCGAGCUAAAGCUCCAGAUUUCAAUAACAACAGACAAGACGGUGUUGGAGCUCAAACAGGCGAUUGCAGCAAAAUCGGAUGUAGAGGCCGAUAGACAACGGUUGAUUUACUCAGGACGCGUGUUGAAAGACGAUGACCAACUAUCCGUCUACAAGAUCCAAUCCAACCACACCAUCCAUAUGGUCAAAGGCGUCUCGCGAUCUGGAGCUAGUGGCUCUUCUUCUGGGUCGGCAGGCGCAGCACCCCAACAGCUCCCAACUAUGCAGACAGGGCAGAACGUCCACGACCCGCUCACACAGCUCAACAGCCACCUAGGCUUCGGUGCUAUGGCGGGCUUGAAUCCGUUCGGGGAGCUGGGUCUGAACCCUAACGAUCCCAACAUGAUGCAAAGCAUGAUGAACUCGCCCCAGUUCCUCCAGCAGAUGUCGGCCAUGAUGUCGAAUCCGGCCAUCAUCGACCAGGUUAUCGCUAGCAAUCCCCAGCUCCAGGCUAUGGGUCCACAAGUCCGCGCUGCUUUCCAGGACGAGGGUUUUCGGCAGAUGAUCUCAAACCCGGAAUACCUCCAACAAAUGCUCCGGAUGUCCUCCAUGCUGCGCGGUGCCGGUCUCGGACCCGAAGCAGGCUUUGGAGGCGCGUUCGGUGCCCCCCCUGCCUUCCCUGCCCCCGGUAACCCCAACUCUUCCUCCACGAACCCGUCUUCCGGGACGUCGCCAACGACCCCGGGUGGUGGUCCUGCAGGCACGCAACAGCAGCCGCCGAUAAACCCGUUCAACCUGUUUGCUGGGUUUGGAGGGGCAGGUCUCGGGCCAGGCCUUGGCGGGUUCGGCGCAGGCGCAGGUCCUGCCACUGGUGCAGGAGCUGGCGUUGGUGGUGCUGCAGCACCCGGAUCACCUGGUGCGCCGGGCGCGAGCCCCAAUCCAAAUGCAGCGAAUCCGUUUGCGAUGAACCCAGCUUUGAUGCAGCAGAUCCUCGGCAUGGGACCGUACGGACCUGGUGCUGGUGGAUUGGGCUCGUACGGGCAUCUAGGUGGCCUUGGAGGCCUUGGGAUGCAGCCUCCUCCACCUGCAGAUACUCGUUCUCCCGAAGAGCGAUUCCAGGUUCAGCUCCAGCAACUCCAAGAUAUGGGCUUCACGAACGCCCAGCAGAACGUUCGCGCCCUGCUCGCGACGGGAGGGAACGUCCAGGCUGCGAUCGACUACAUCUUCAGCGGAGGCGGGCUAUAA